AUGCCUCCCCAGUCAAUUUCCAAUCUCUCCCACACAGUAGGCUCCAACCAGAGCCCCCCGUUUCCCGGCGUGUCCGAAAGGGACUUCCUGCCCGCCCCAGAAGGGAGUACCGCUGAGUUUUUGAUCCGCUGUGUGAUCCCUUCCCUCUACCUGCUUCUCAUCACGGUGGGCUUGCUGGGCAACAUUCUGCUGGUGAAGAUCUUCAUCAGCAACAGUGCCAUGAGGAGCGUCCCCAACAUCUUCAUCUCCAACCUGGCAGUGGGGGACGUGCUGCUGCUGCUCACCUGUGUCCCAGUGGACGCCUCGCGCUACUUCUUGGACGAGUGGGUGUUCGGGCAGGUGGGCUGCAAGCUCAUCCCAGCCAUCCAGCUCACCUCUGUUGGGGUCUCAGUGUUUACACUCACUGCCCUCAGCGCUGACAGAUACAGAGCCAUAGUAAACCCCAUGGAUAUUCAGACAUCAGGGGCAGUGUUGUGGACCUGUGUCAAGGCCUUCUGUAUCUGGGUAGUCUCCGUGCUGUUGGCAAUCCCUGAAGCAGUUUUUUCAGAAGUGGCUCGCAUUGGCAGCUUGGACAACAACAGCUUCACAGCAUGUAUUCCCUAUCCUCAGACAGAUGAAUUGCAUCCAAAGAUUCAUUCAGUACUCAUCUUUUUGGUAUAUUUCCUAAUACCACUUGCUAUCAUUAGCAUUUAUUAUUAUCAUAUUGCAAAAACUUUAAUUAAGAGUGCACACAAUCUUCCAGGUGAAUACAAUGAAAAUACCAAAAAACAGAUGGAAACACGAAAACGCUUGGCUAAAAUUGUGCUAGUUUUUGUGGGCUGCUUUAUCUUCUGCUGGUUUCCAAAUCACAUUCUCUAUAUGUAUAGGUCUUUUAACUAUACUCAGAUCGAUCCAUCUCUAGGCCACAUGAUUGUCACUUUAGUUGCCAGGGUUCUAAGCUUUAGCAAUUCUUGUGUCAAUCCUUUUGCUCUUUAUCUGCUCAGUGAAAGCUUCAGGAAGCAUUUCAAUAAUCAGCUCUGCUGUGGGUGGAAGUCCUAUCAAGAAAGAUCAUCUAGAUGUCUACUCAGUUCCUCAGCAAUGCGAAUGACAUCUCUGAAAAGCAAUACUAAGAACAUGGUGACCACUUCUUUAGUAAAUGAGCACAAUAUGAAGCAGGAAAUAGCACUGUAAUUUCUACCAUUCAGCUUGCUACCUAGAAAGAGCUUACUUAUUUUUUUAUCUCCAUCAGAGCAUAAUUAAGUGGAUUUCCUUUUCUUAAUACUUAACUAAUUUGUUUUUUUAAAAUAUUUUAUUUUAUUUAUUUAUUCCCUUUUGUUGCCCUUGUUUUUAUUUUAUUGUUGUAGUUAUUAUUGUUGUUGUCGUUGUUGGAUAGGACAGAGAGAAAUGGAGAGAGGAGGGGAAGACAGAGAGGAGGAGAGAAAGAUAGACACCUGCAGACCUGCUUCACCACCUGUGAAGUGACUCCCCUGCAGGUGGGGAGUCGGGGUUCGAACCGGGAUCCUUGUGCCGGUCCUUGUGCUUUGCGCCACCUGCGCUUAACCAGCUGCACUACAGCCCGACUCCCUACUUAAC